AUGACCACCUCAAGUUCCUCUCCUCCAAGACUGCCCUUCCCGACCAUAGCGACCAAGGCCUCCUCCACCGCUCAGUCUUCUCAGCUGACCGUUGCGGCUGACAGCAAGGCCUCCCCGGGCCCUCGACCUGCCUCUCGACCUCAACCCAUUGCCAGAGCCCGACAGGAUGCUGCGGCCCCGGACCCUACCUCGGAGAGAGCGACCCUAUCCCUGAUCAGACGGACUUUGGUGGCAGAUGGGAGCCAUGGAGCAGAUCGGAAGGUGUCACCGGCGCCAAUUGAAGGGGUCUUACCGCCACUUACCAGUUCCAACGAGGUAGAUGUGCAGCUGUAUGCAGUCGUUGCCAUAAUCAUCAAGGACUUUGUCAACUCGUGGUACUCCAAGAUCACGCCAGACCGCACAUUCGUGGAUGAGGUCAUUCAGAUUAUUGCCCAUUGCAGUCGCGCACUGGAACAGAGGAUACGGCAGGUGGAUGUCACGGAGUUGAUACUGGACGAGUUACCUGUGUUGGUUGAGAGACACAUUGCUGCCUACAGGACGGCCACUACUGCUCAAGCUGCUCUGCAAUACGGUGAAAAUCCCCGACGAAUCUAUCACGCCCUGAACCCACAUCCAGCCCUCGACCCUUCUCUCCCACCGGAGCAACAACAAGCCUACGAGUCUGCCUACCGACAGCUGCUCGUUCAAGGGGCACUGGCGGUUCUCCUACCAACCGAAGACCUGGCAAAUGCUUGUCUCAGAACAUUGGUGAGCGAUAUCAUCUCCGAACUCAUCCUCGGACAGGCAGUGGCGCAGAAAGUUUGUGAGCCGUGGUUCCUGCACGGGACUGUCUCAAAAGUGGUGGAGAUAGUGACAUCGCCUCCUACACUUGCGUCUCGUGCCAAUGCCGUCGAUGAUCAGGAAAUCCUUCAGCCAGACGGCCGCCAAAGCCGGCUGGAGCAGUUUGGCCUAUUAAGUUCCAAUACUGCCACUCAAGAGAGUUAUUCGUCGGACCGGCACCAAUCAUCUGUUAGUGCGUGGUUUUGGAGACUGCUUCAGUACGCCUUCAUGGCAUACCAGUUGACGCGGUUCAUCCUUGUCGGCCUGGCUUUUGCCCACCAUCUACCCCGGAGAACCCGCCAUCAGCAGCAUCUUCUUGCCGGCUCCACAACGACGCCAUCCAAGGAGCAGUUGUCCACCCCGUCGACACGGCAAGUAUCGGGGCCCGAUCAUCGACCCCCCCGCGCUGUGAUCAAUUACAGAGUCUUCUCCUGCAUCUCUAGCAUGCUCGAUUUGACCAUCCGCAUGCCUUGGCUGGCUGGCUCAUUGGGGUUCUGGCAGCACAUGCUAACCACAGGGCCGGGCAGGUAUGGUGCUGCCAACUCCACGCUGGACAAGUUCCUGUAUCACACAAUAUCCACGCGCCUCUUCUCGCCAGCACUAAUACCACCUCUGUUGCUGCAGAUUCGAACCCUUAUAUUUCCCAACAACACUCUUGGUCCUCCUCCCCCGCCUCCUCCAUCCGUGGAAGAAGCACGCAAGAUCCGGUCAAAGGCCGCCACUGACAUUCUUUCUCUGAUCCCUAAACCUGUGGGCAAGACAUUCUUUGCCGUUCAAAACGCCGGGACUGCUGAAGAUGAGGAGAUGGAAAUGCGGAUAGAGGUUGAGGAGAGGCUGUUGAGAUGGGUAGACGAUGCAGAGAUGAACAAGUACCUCAUCUAUGCUAUUUUGGAGCACGUUCUGCUCAAGCUUGUGCCAGAAAUGAUGGACAAGACGCCGUCUGAGCUUCUGGCCGAGAGAGGAGUGGAUUUAGUUGCGUCGGGAGAGGUUGACAAGGUGGCGGGGUGGACUAAUGGGGCCUGA